AUGCAACGAGGACUGUACAACGAGGACUGUUCAACAAGGACUGUUCAGCAAGGUCUGUACAACGAGGGCUGUACAACAAACACUGUACAACGAGGACUGUUCAACAAGGACUGUUCAGCAAGGUCUGUACAACGAGGGCUGUUCAACAAGGACUGUUCAGCAAGGUCUGUACAACGAGGGCUGUACAACAAACAGUACAACGAGGACUGUUCAACAAGGACUGUUCAGCAAGGUCUGUACAACGAGGACUGUACAACGAGGACUGUUCAGCAAGGUCUGUACAACGAGGACUGUUCAACAAGGACUGUUCAGCAAGGUCUGUACAACGAGGGCUGUACAACAAACACUGUACAACGAGGACUGUUCAACAAGGACUGUUCAGCAAGGUCUGUACAACGAGGGCUGUACAACAAACACUGUACAACGAGGACUGUUCAACAAGGACUGUUCAGCAAGGUCUGUACAACGAGGGCUGUACAACAAACACUGUACAACGAGGACUGUUCAACAAGGACUGUUCAGCAAGGUCUGUACAACGAGGGCUGUACAACAAACACUGUACAACGAGGACUGUUCAACAAGGACUGUUCAGCAAGACCAACACCACCGACAUGCGCAACUUCCUGUGAUGUGGAACACAACAUUUCUAAUACGCCCUAUGAUUUACCUGUAACUUGA